UGUGUGCCGUUUCAACCAGCUUGUCCUAUUUAACUCCAUGCGUGAUAAGAGGCAAACAACGCCCAAGCUGAACAAUAUUUUCCCUGCAGCCUCUGAACAUUUUCCCACUACAUUGGAGAUAUUAUGUCUCAUAUUCAGGGUUAUUCAGUGCUGAAUUUGGGUGAUGUUUUUUUUCAACGUGUGAACGCACCUUCCCUGGUAAUUUUCCUCCCGACCCUGGUUUGUUGGCACACACGGAGCCGAAACAAAACGCUGUCUCCCGGAGCACGUCUUGUUUAUAAACCUGGCUGGACAGUCCCUGUGAAGCAGUCGGAUACUCUCCAAACCCAGCUCUUUGUAGACUCGCUGCAUUUGAAUUUGAUUUUCUUAUCAUAACAUGACAGCCUUACUGUUUGCGGUAGUCAUCUUGCAUCAUUGAAUUCAUAUUUGUUAGAGAAGAUGCAAAUUCAUGACUCAAUUUAUCUCUGAUUGAUAUUUGAAAGAAUUUGUUGAGAUUCACUGCAGGGUUGUGAUAAGCCCCUUUUUGAUUUUGGGGCAAAGACAACAAUUGACCUUGUAGAUAUCUCCUAUUGGUUGCACCACUGAUCAACCUACUGACCAUCUAUCAUGGAGUUACAUAUCCUAGAACAUCGGCUGAGGGUUUGUACGGUCAAGCGAUCAGAUCUUCUUCCUUUCAUCGGCUCUCUCAUCAAACUCGCCCUUCUCCAUGAAUACAGCAAUAGCAAGUUUUUCAGCUUUACCUUGACAAGUCGAGACUUCACUAUUAUACUUGAUGAAGAAGGCUUCAAAGCUCUACCAGACCAGGCUGAGAAGAUGGGUAUGGUGAUACAGUCCAGUGCUUGGCUUGUCCUGGAAGCAACGGCAGGAAAUGACGACGCAGGGAUGACUACCAUCACUCGGAACAUUAUCGUUCCUCUUGCCGAUAGAGGGCUUUCUAUAUUUUGUCUAUCAACUUGCCAAACAGACUAUGUGCUGGUACGAGAGGAGGACCUGCCUAGCGUGACCCAUUGUUUGGCCCCUCAGUUUAGUGUCUUCCGUGAGAUCGAAGGCAAUUCUGAACCUGUCACCUUGGAUCUUUCCCAGAAUGGUGUCCAUGAACCAGAGGCUAAGAGAGCAAUCAUGUAUCCUCUUCACUUUCCAACCAAUAGCUUCUUAGUCACGAGUCUACAACCCGAUAUGUUACCAAAGAUCACAAGCAGCUUAUUACAAGUUCUUUUCUAUCCAGAAACCUGUGAUCUAAUAGAGACGGAGUCGUCAUCGAGUCAGAAGGAACAGUUUGUGUCGUAUUCCCUGAUAGACGAUAGGAUAUCGCUGGUACUUGAUGUAGAUUUAUUAGAUAGGUUUCCAGAUAACUGUAUUUGUGUUGACUCAGCCAAAGAGAGAUGGAGGAUGGUUAACACUGGUGUACAAAAUACAGGAUUUGAGGAGUGUGGAAUAGUAGCACAGAUAGCCGAACCUCUUGCCAGUGAGAACAUUCCCAUUUUCUACCUUAGUACAUUUCUCACAGAUCAUACUCUGGUUCCAGAGACCGAGUGGAACAAGACACUAACCGUAUUAUCUCAUCGUGAAGAAUGCCAACAUCAAGACCAAGAAAACAGUGUCAUUGUUGAUCAAACAAUCCCAACAUCAUCAUAGGAGAUUCAACAUUAGAUGCAACUGAGUAGUACCAGACAGAUUGAUAUAAUAUAUAUUCUUGAUAGCUAUGUGUGUCUGUUUUAUAUUGGUGUGUGUGCAGGUACGUGGUCAAUGUGAGACUCUGCCAUAUUUUUAUAUUUGUGUGUGUGUGUGUGUAGUGCACGAAAACAACCACAGAAAUCAAAUUUGGGGUAAAAAAAACUUUGAAGGACAUAUUUCAGGUAUUACAUUUUUGGGGGUAAAAAUAUUAAAUUUGGGGUUAAAUUUAUAUUUCAGGUAUAAUUGAAACAGUAUUCUAAAAUCUUUGAGCAAGUUGGAAGUUGUCUGUUUUAUAUCAGGAUUGGCCUUGCUUUCCUUCAAAAGCACUGACUGACUGACUGCCUUCAAUGCUUACACUUUGCAACCAAACCUGUAAAGGCUUGAGCUUAAAGUUAUGUCGUAUCAGUGAUGGAGCAGAUGCUGUCAGAUCAUCAUGUAUCAAGACUUUAGGGCCGUCUGCACCAGCCCAAGUUUUCAAAUGAGCGCGCUAUUUCUGAUCCGGCAAAUUAUCCUGAUCCGAACAAUCUCAAGAUUAUUUGUAAUGGAGACGCAAUUAUCGCGCUAGUUAAUAGGAUUAAUCUCGAUAUUGCAAUUCCAAGUCAACUUGGGAUUAUUUGCAAAAAAGCGUGCUAUUUUACGAAUUAUCCCUCUAAUUUGCAGGUGCAGAUGCACUUGGGAUUAUUUAUUCACGGCGUCAGACCAUAAUGCAUCGAUGCCUCGCUCAAGCAGGAAUUGCUGUUCUUGCGAUGGUGGAGACAGGGUUUCUUGAAUCUUGAGAUUAAUCGCAAAUAGGGUGAUUGGGCUAGAAUCUUCAGAUUGAGCAAACUCGGGCUGGUGCAGCACCGCCUCUUCUGUCUUUAAGUCAGCUCCUCUCUGUAUCAUUAAUCCAAUUCACAUAAACACCUUAACUUGUUCUUCUAUUUCAUUUUGUUUUUAUUUAGUGCAAAGAGAAGACAUAUCUGUAUGUAUAGUCUUCUACAACAGCAAAGAAAUACAUCAUUUUUUUUUCAAUGAAUAAACUCCUCUAAACUUUGAAUCUGAUCUUCCAGAUUGAAAUGUAUGCACAUUCUCACAGCCAUUUGUGAUGAAGGUGAUCAUAAGAGAUCAGGCCACAAAAUGAUAUAGUUGAUAUCAACAUAAAUUAUGUCAAUUAUUUGAUGUUGCAUAUCUUAAGUGUUUGAAUUAUAUAAUGUUCAUUUUCAUGAUUUUUGAUAAUUUUCAUUGUUCAUUUCAUUUAAUUGGGAUCUUGUGCCAUAUUGGACGACUGAAAUUGCUGCAGGUUUUAGAAGCUAAACCAGCUAUAUAACAUUGCUGCAAGUUAGAUUAUUUGUUACAGUAAAUAACAAAAAUAAAAGAUAUACUAUAUUGGAGGAAUACCUGAUCAUUUUCCUGUCAUUGAGAAAGAUGGUGACAAUAUGAUGAUUGUUGUAGAAAGUGAUCAGAUAAUGAAAGAAAUGCAAGAAAGUAAAGUUAUAUUCAUCAUUAUCUUGUACAUAAAUUUCAAUCAAUUGCCAUCAUUAUAAUCAUUGCCAUGAAUAUUAUUGUAUUGAUCAUUGUUUGAAUGUUAUCUGGAGAAGAGAAGUAUACUUUGUACACCUACAUACUACAUUCUUGUUGGUAUAAUAUUUCCAUCAUUCCAGCUUAUCUCAUUUUCAAGCCCAUCCUUUAUUCUUUUUUGUUUUGUGAUGGGGUUCACUAUGGUUAUCCCAUCUAUUUGAAGAUCCGUUGUGUAAUUUGCUGUCAUUUUGGGGUAAUUUUUUUUUCUUCUGCAUAAUUUUAUAGAUUUUGAAAUCAUUUUUCUUCAGAAAUAACAGAACCUUUUAAUGAAAUUCUUUUUAGCAAAAAAACUAUCUGGCAGAAGGAUUUCUACACCCCCUGACUAACCUUGUAAAAAAAUACCUCAUAAAUGCUUAUUUAGUGUCAGAUCAAGACUGUGAGUGAUAAAUAAGAGACAGGAGACCUCCAAGUGAAGUUCAACUUUUCAACGCAAACUCUUGACAUAUGAAAACAUAGAAGGGCAUUUCAGUAUCACUUUUCAUGUGAUAUUGUUUACAAAUAUUCUUUCAUUUCAGUCAAAAUAUUGCAAGCUUACAAAUAAUCUCUCUACAUGUGUAACAUUGUUUCUUCUCAUAUUUUGAAAAUAAUAUAUUUUGAAAAUAAGGGCAUUUUGAAGGUAUAUUUUAUACUCAGAGAUCGAUAUUAGCCUUUUGUGGGGUGAAUACAUUUUUAUAUUUCUGUGCGAUACUAAAGCUUUCUCAAAAUGAUGAUUGUUAGUAUUCAUAGAUCAGAUUGCACAGUACAAAAUAUCAAUUGUAAUACCUCUUUUGUACUGUAGAUUGAUCAACCCAACUCGUAGAUACAUGUACCAUGUAUAAUGUAUAUUUUAAAGUGCAUUUAUUUUUGUAUAAAGUUGGGUUUGUAAACUUUUAAACUCUGUGAAUUGUGCCCCUGCUUAUCACGUCAAAAUCAAUACAUAUAUAUACAUGUAUGUGUGCCACAUACCAACAUGAACAUGUAGUGCGCCCUCUAUACUUCUUUUUCAGGGGCAUAGCUACCAUCCAUUAUGCUUGAGUUCCACCUUUGCGUGUGCCAUGCUACAAGUAUGCAGUAGCAUGUCAACAGUUUAUGUUGUAAAGUGUGCAGUCAUGUUCUGUGUUGCAUUGCACAACUGAUACCUAUAUUGUGGCUCGGUUAUCUGUGCUUUCUAUAUUACAGUGUGUCACGCGACAUGUUCUGCUUGUAGCUCGAUUUUUUUUUAAAGAAAAAAGAAGAACGUAAUAGCAUUUGAUAUGAACAUUCCAACCUGUCAAAUUCAUUAAAGUUCUGAAAAGUUGCAAGAAUAUUAAAAUCAGACCCUUUUGGAGCGUUUCAUGAAAGGAAUUGUUGAAUGAUUUAUCCCCGGUUCAGGUUUAUGUUAUCAGAGUAAGAGUGCUUCUCAGCCAGUCCAUACCAAGGAAAUUUGUCAUGUCAGACAACUUGUUUAUGGAUGACAACUGUUGAUGAAAUGCUCUGCAGGUUAUCGCAAACCUCCCUGUACAAAUAAACCAAAGUCAGUUCCAAAGUAUACUGAUGUCAUAAAAAUCUUGCCAUUGGGUGCGAUUUGAAGACAACUGGGACUUUAGUCCAACUCCAAGGCUUGCAGAAUUCGAUUCUAGUAUUCCUAGCAUUAUUCUGAACUUCAAAUAUGAUAAUUUGAUUUUUUUUUGUAACAUUCAUAUUUGAUUCAUGAUGCGAUUCCUUGAAAAAUGAGGUUGUACAUGAAAUUGAUAGCAGUGUGCGGCUGGCUUAAAGGGACUGUUUAUAAUGGUGCUAUGUUGCGUAAAUCUCUGAUAAUCUCAUACUUGGGCAAUAUUAUACUGUGGCUGUUCUGAUGUUGAACAGAUUAUAAACUAUAUUUGAAUAUUGUAGAGCAAGUGUUACUGGAUCUAGUAAUAUAUACUUAUAUAUUGCCAAAUGUUUUCCCACUUUACCGUAAUAGAUACUUUUGGUAAUGGCAUAUAAGCCUGUUCCUGCUUGAAAGAUGCUAAGUGUCUUUCACUGAGGUAUCCCACGAUCCCCAUCAUAUAUGAUGAAAUGUGAGGAUUAGAGACAAACAGAUUUUUGUGGGAUUACCGCAAGAAAGACGCAGCUUUGACUUUGGGUAAGGUGUCUUUUGAUAUUGUGAUUGUUGUAGCCUGAAUAUGAUUUGUUUGCAGUGCCUGUAUUACCAUGUGUACUAAUGGUGCUAUUUUUUUUCUUCACAAGUCAACUUUGUGUUUGUACACAUUUGCAUGCAUAUUAUUAAUAAGUAUAUUUUUAAUGAGGUACAGUAGAUGUGCUAUUUAUUUUGUUGUAGAUCAUGCCGGCCAAAUUUAAUUCUAGACAUUUGUUGAUUGUGUAACAUUUUUGUUUACUUUUUGUUCUCUGUACUUUAAAAUGCUCAAGCCCUAUGCACAAGGUUAUUUUGUUGAGGGUCGGAAAAAUGUAUUUGACUGAAAUCAAAUCAUCAGUGUGAAUAGCUGAGCACAUUCAGUCAGUAUCUCUCUCCCUCUCUUCUUUUUUUCCUUGCUCUCUCUCCACCCCCCAAAUUUGCUCCUAACAUUGCCUAAACUGCCUCUCCUAUCGCUUCCAUCUUCCUUUGUCCUUGGUACUUCCUUCCUCCAUUUUCCCAAACUCUUUCUCUCUCUCCCCUAUCUCUGAAUUCAUAUUGAAGAUGUGUAAGAAGGUCAGUAGAUCCCUCUCAUCUCUUCUCUAUCCCUAUCUUUUUCUUGUUUUCUCUGGCUCUCUUUCUCAUCCCCCAAACUUUCUCCUAACAUUGUUUAAACUGCCUCUCAUAUCACUUCCAUCUUCCUUUGUCCUUGGCACUUCCUUCCUCCAUUUUCCCAAACUCUUUCUCUCUCUCCCCUAUCUCUGAAUUCAUAUUGAAGAUAUGUAAGAAGGUCAGUAGAUCCCUCUCAUCUCUUCUCUAUCCCUAUCUUUUUCUUGUUUUCUCUGGCUCUCUUUCUCAUCCCCCAAACUUUCUCCUAACAUUGUUUAAACUGCCUCUCCUCAUAUCACUUCCAUCUUCCUUUGUCCUUGGCACUUCCUUCCUCUGUUUUCCCAAACUCCCUCUCUCUCUCUCCCCUAUCUCUAAAUUAUUAUUGAACAUAGUAUUACAGAAAGGUCAGUAGAUUAUAUUAUGCUGCUCUAUAAUAAUGGCUUGGCAUGGGAGUUGGGCAUUUUUAUUUAUUUUGUAUUUGAGCUUGAAAGACAGUGCUGUCAUAUGAUUUUUAUUGAUAUUGUAUUACAUUAUCUUCAUGCUGCCACAGUGUACAACUCUCAGUCUGAUUACCAUAUAGUGACAGUGUUGCCCAAAUGUAAGUAAACCUCAUUAUAGAGUGUUCAGGUUCUGCCAUGUUUGAGAUUUAAUUGCCAAGUCAGGUGAUAAAACAUGCAUUCAUUAAAGUUUGUUUCUUGGGGCUCGCCGAUCAUUGUAGUGUUGAUGUAUACUUUCGACAGUUAGCAUGAAAGAGUGCAUUGCGUUGUGGGGUUCACUGACUUUUGAGCACAAACUGUAUAGGCCAAUAGGCCUACCCAUACAUAUGUAUUUUUCAAGGGGCCCUUGCAGAAAGAGUUGAGAAUGAAUACAAUUCAAGAAAUCAAACACAAUUCCCAAAUACUUGCUUCUGAUUGGUUGCACAUCAAGUUGUGUUUGAUUCCAACUCUUUCUG